ACUCUCUGCACUGUUUUCCUGUAUAAUGAAUAAUGCCAAAACAACUGCCCUGGAAAGUGGCUAGAAAUGUUGAUGUUAUGCAGAUGUGAAUAUGUGGACAAUCCAUUACUUUUUUCUAAUUUGAAUAGAAAAAUGUGGGUCCCGUCUACUGUACAUUUUGUACCAACUUUUUUUCUGUUCUCACAUUGGUUUACCUUCAACAAGCCUCCACAUCCACUGCUUCACUGCAGCCCCCUGUCAGAAAGCAACAGAAGUGCAUCGCUUGGGAAUAAUCGAGUAAAAGGGUCAGAACGUGCACCGCGGGUCUCUAUGGAAACGUGAAGCUCCUCAAAACAGCGGUCUCGUCGGCGGGCGCAGUUGUCUGUAACUUUUCAUACUCAUUCACUCGCUGUAAACGCUAAAAAUAUACAUAAUUAAAAAUCUUGACUGAAACAUGCCACAGAAAGCAGUGAAGGUAGUUGUUGAACUCCAGCUUCAUGCGGUGACUUGCCCAGGUGUGUUUUUGACAGACAAAGAUGAUGUCUACCUCAGUGUAUGCAUCAUGGGGCAGUACAGGAAGUCAGCAUGUUGUUUGCCAGUAUUCCCGCUGCUUUUUCAUGAAAAGAUGACAUUUGAAAAGGUUUUUAAGAUGGCGAUGGACCCUGCUGCUGUAGCUGAGCAGUUAGAAUAUCAAACUGCUAAAUUUGAACUAAUACAGUUAUUUCCUCCAGUGGGGGAGACAUUGGCAUCUUAUGAAGAAGAGGCAAGGAGCUUUCUUUUUCCAGAGCCUAAACUGUCCCCUACUUACCCUGGAGUGGACAGAGAAGUACUAAUGAGACGGACACGAAAUUUCCCAGGAAUUGCACCAAAACUAGAAUUUUCAACCAGAACUACAAUUAAGGAAUGCUCAUUCAAAAGAGAGAAAGGAUUCUGUGCAAAUAAUCACUUGGUUGACAGCUCCAGGUCUGUCAGCAAACAUGACACACCGCCACAACGAUCUCCAGAUUUACUAAUAUCAAGGUCAAGAAGCACUUCACCCAAGUCACGUCUUAGUGGUGAUAUCUCUUUUGGAAGUCACAGACAAAAGAAUGCUGUGGAGAUUAAAGAUAGAGGCACCCAGGAUGCUGGUGAUUUGGCAUCUAUGGAUACAGAUGAUCUAGUCAAUUACUCCCCGAAUUCAAAUUCAAGCUCGGCUCUGAGAAGCCACAUGAGAUCCCCCAACUCUACCUCAAUGCUGUUGAGUUCACGAAGCCUAAUACUGAACCGGUCACCUCUAAGGCAAAGGUUCAAUUCAGACUCUAACAAUACCUGGGAAUCAAUCCAUGACCGAGUUAGAAAUCUUCUAACAACCCACAGUGCUAGACAGCGUCUUUCCUUUGGGGCUACAGAAUCUGAGGUAGCUGAAGUCCUUGAAAGGAGAUCUAUAUCCCCUUCCAACUUCUCAAUGGAAAAAAGAAAUUAAGGUUCAUAAGGACCCCCUUGUAAAUGAGGCAUCGCUCAACGGGUACAUUUCCUGGUAAAAUAAAUAAAUACAAAAUUUGUAGCCAAUAACAUCGUACCUUUGACUUAUUGGCAACAUUCCUCUUUUUAUCUGGAUGGCAGCUUUCAUUGUUACAAAGCUUCAUUUUUCUUUUCUUCUGAACGUCAUUUUUGAUCUGUUGUUUCUCCAACUCCACUUUUGAUUUAGCGAGUUUAUCGGCAUCUGGUAAAAUAAAAAGUACAGCUAGAUUAAUGAAUUGCAUCAGUACAUAACACAUAAAGAGAGCUUCCCAGUAUUCAACAAUAAAAUAUAAUUUGCGAGAAAAAAAAAAAAAAAGCUUACCACCAAGCUUCAUAAUUUUCAUUGGAAAAGUUACCUUCUCUUUUCCCUUCUUUCGAAGAACCACGUUGCUGCCCUGCUUCAAUGUUCCAACAAUAUCUUUAGUCAAGAUGAUGUCAGUCUUGUUCGGUUCAGUGUAGGACACAAGGGCAAACUUAUCGCCGCAGUGUGAGAAGAAAGACUAAGGGAUUCAUUCAUCAAUGUGUUAUUUUCUUUUGAUAUUUAAUCAUGUUCUUAUUUUUACCCUGAAUAUCUCUUUACAGUCUCAAUGACAGUUGUAGAUAGAAGAUUAGCCAACUAAUGAGUCAUAACGGAACGUUUAAUGUGGAAAUGUGCACAAGCAAACUGUAAACAGCGCAAGAUCCCAAAAUUAUAUCCAAAUGAUUAUUAUUUUAUUUUGUAUUUUUUGUCUGCAAUGUGUAAAAACUAAUCAAUUGCGUUGCAUGUUCGGUUUGGCCAAGGUUGUAAUAUUGCUACUGCAUCAUAAAGAAAAUACUGCUGCAUAAGGAUUGCCUUUCUACCACAGAAUAUGUUCUUUAAAAAAUUGCGCGAGAGAAGUGGCGUAAACAGUAAGGACAAACGUUGCUAUUGGGACCAUGCUGCAUGAUUUGUUUAUUAUUAAUAGCAUUAUAAUUAAACUAUACCAAAUCACGUUUUUAUUUACAACGAAGGGAAAACAUGUUUUUGCUGACUUUAUAAGCAUUUGGGUGACAUAGUAUAGGUUACCAUUGUAAAUAAAAAACAUAAUUUGACAUAAUUUAAUGAUAACGGUGUUAGUAAAUGAAUCAUAAUUAUAGCAGCAGUUUUUAAGUAUUCUGUAAAUAUUUUGUUAAAUAGUUAAAAAGUACAAUGUGGGGUUGGCAUGUCUUGUUUUAAAAAAUAUCGGCACAGACAUUAUAUACAAACCAAUGGAAUACCGUGUGUGUGUUUAAUAGAGAGAUAGAAUACAUGUCUCCAGUCAUGUGGUUUUCAAGAUCACGUCGCCUUAAGUUCUAGCGUUGUAGAUAUGCCAUAGCCUUAUCUUUUCACCUAUUGAUUCGGCCCAUUGCCACUGUACUUUAUGCAUCCAUGCAGCCCUUCCUGUGAUGUCAUCAGGCAUUGUGUUCCGGGCUUAAGGUUACAAAUUGUUAAAAUAAGUGAUCAAACCUCAUUCAUAACCACAAGUAUAUCAAAAUUUAAAAUAUUUUCAUAAUUACAGAUAUUUAAUUAUCUAGGUAGUCUAUCUAUCAUCGGCGUCUCAGCCGUGGUCUGUUAAAUUUUAGUUUCAAGGUUAGUUAUAGUUUUUCUUUAAUUAAAACCCUCCUUUUCCAAGUGCAAAUUAACUCCUGAUAAAUUAUGACAAUUAACACAGAUUUGCUUAUAAAUUCCCAUGCAAACAAAAUAAAUAGUCGCAAGAAGUUGCUCGUUACGCUAUUAACAUUAUUUCGUAAAUCAACAUAAUUUUGGAAAUCACGUAGCAUAAUUAUUUAAUAACAAGAUAGGCAUAAUGACCUCUUGAAACUAACAAAAUCAAUGCUACAUAACGAUUUGUUGAUUAACACUGGAGUUAUCAUUUACGAACUUUUUGAAAAUACUGCCCAUGAUGUCAUAAUGGUGGGGGAACGAAAGAGUUUCACAUUGUUAUAAUAACCCUUCCACAGAACACCCCCAAAUACCUUAAAAUCCACCCACUAAGUAGAUAUAAGAGCAUAUUCAUUUGUUAGUGCAAAUUGGUUAGAAUUGCUGUGUUAGGCAAACGCCCAUCUGGUUACUCUAAUACCCCAAAUGCUAAAAUAAUAAUGUUUUUGUCAGUAAAUAUGUAUCUUCUGCCAGUACUCCUAAGAUAAUAGAUGUGAAGGGAAGGUUACAAUUCUGUUAUGUCCCAGGAAUGUAUUGGGGCUUUAGAAAAUCCAAAUUAUCGCACAUUAAUGCUUUGAAUUCAGAAACAUCUUGGCUGACAUAGCUGAUAUGUGUUAAAGAAUAAGCAUUACAGUACAUCUAAUUAUUUCAGUGAUAGACAAAAUUAUACCAAAACAUAAUGUGCAAUGUGUUGUGAUACAACACAAACACAGCAAAAGCUAGUAUAUUUCUCACACAGAUUGUUAGCUAUACAGCAUUGCAACACAUCUUAGUUGACACGAUGGUGAGUGGAAGUCAUACAGUGAAUUUAUAGUGCAUUGUAUUUCAUAUUAAUUUGUAAAGCAUAUAACUUGAUUUGUCCCUAAGAGCACAAUAACUGUACAUUAAUUGUAAUUUAUACUCCUGUGUACUGUAUGAAUUGCCUCCUACAAAACUGAAUUGUGAAACUCCAUGCUUAUUAAAUCAUAUAUUGUUAAAAGGAGCCAACUGGAUAUUGCUGAACAUAUCCCAUUUUAUAUUUGAUUCAGCCCAAAAACUGCUAAAUAAUAUUGUAUUGCGUGCAAUAAAAGGACACUGCCAAUUGACAUUUUAAAAUCAGUGUUCAAAUUCUAAAUGUAACAAAAUUCAAGACUCAAGUGAUUUUUAACAGGCAUUUCAUGGUAAACCUGCCUCUCAAACUCAUGUUAUGGUUAUGGAUGCAAAUAGGGGGUUCUCAACACAUACCAGUAGUAUGUUCCAAUAUGUUUAUAUGAAUCUCACAGGUAUGUUCUAACCAGGAAAGUAUGUAUUAAUAAAUGCAAAUGUGUGCAGUUUAGGCAUUCUUUAAUAUUGUUUCAAGUGAAAUGCCUUGCAUUUCAACGGUACUUUAAACAUCUUAAAUAUCUUAAUUAGAAUUUAUCUAGCAUUCCGGUGUUAUCACAUUCCUGUCCAAAACAUUGUGCUUGCUGUCUUUUCCUCAAAAACUUGCAAGCAGAUCUGAUCAAAAAUCAACCAGAAUAUUUAACCAUCUUGGAUUUACUGUCGAUGUUGAACUAACUUUGGGUUUCAAUAGUAAAAAAUACAAAUAAAUAAAAAAGAUUAUACUAAAUUACAAUAUUUCCAAUAGAAAAGUGAACAUGUGCUGCAUUGUUUUGUUAAAAUAGCAAAUAGCUGACUUGGUUGUACAAUACGUGCCUCUGAAAACACCAUCUCUCACUGUAAACCACCUGUCAAAAGUGGAAGGCACCCAUGAGCGGCUGUACUGCAGUAAAACACAUAGGAGUCAUUUUAAAAGGGUGAUGUUUUGUUUACGACAUAUCAAAAUAUGAUAAUAUAAAUGCUAUAUUAUUUUUACUAAAAUGUAUUUGGAGGUUGCAAAGACACAGUAGCAACACAAUUGCUACUUUUUUCCCUCCUCAAUUUCUGUAAUAAGUGUAAUAAGAUUAGACACAACUAAAUAUUGUAUGCAUAUUUAACUGAAGCCAUUCUAUAUUUGUUAUUGUUCAUUCUAGCUUUUUAUUGGUUUUCUUUAUAAACAAGUCAAAUAUGAAAUUUUGAUUUGUUUGACAUCCUGAUGUUUGUACAUGUGUAGUAGGGCGGUAGUAAGCCCUGCUUAUUGAUAUGUGUUUGUUUGUUUUAUUUUCAGAACGAGGGUUCCCCCUCCGCCCCUGUGUUAUUUUGUGUUUGUUUAUUAUGAUUUAGUUGUAUUUAUAUGACGGCGAGCGCCAUAUGUUUUCUUAUUGUUUGUAUUUUGACGGAGUAGACGGUUUGUUUUGUUUAGCGUGGAUGGGUAGCCCCAUCCACAACAUAAUUAAAACUCGUGCAGAAGGUGGCCAUCUCCCGAAUUAAUUAGGUGAUUUAAUUUGUUGCUAAUCGGGAGAUGGUCACCUGUUAUAAAAAGCCUGCAGCUCUCCAACUCAGGGUGGGUGUUAGUGAGGAGCGAGAGUGGAGAGAAACGAAACAUGAUUUAAAAAGAUACCAGGAACAGUGACAGCAACUGCCCAGCCUGACCUGGGAUCGUAUUAUUUAUUAUUUUGUGUUCGUGACUUGAUUUUGUUUAAACCUUUUAUUUUGCUCUGUGAGCAAGUGCUUUUUGUUUAAAUAUUUUAUUUAUUUUUGGUUCUCUUUAAAUAAAACGGCGCCCGCGCCA